AUGGCACCACCAAAGCAGAACUGGGAGAAAUACGAGAAGCCCGUUGACGGCAAGGACAGCGAGAAUAUUGUUGCUUUGGAUGAGGGCGAUAUCGCUUUGCUCAAGACCUACGCAAGUGCCCUUCUGUUUUCAAAGCUCGAGAACGACAUCAAGGAUGCGCAAAAGCGCGUGAACGAAAAGAUUGGCGUCAAGGAGUCGGAUACAGGAUUGGCCCCACCCAGCUUGUGGGACAUUCCAGCAGAUAAGCAGCGCAUGGGAGAGGAGCAGCCACUUCAGGCAAGUCGACCUAUACGUUGCCCUUUUUCCUAUGUCGGCGAUUUAGUCCUGGAAAGGGUCGCACGAUGCACAAAGAUUAUUCAGGCGACGGGCGACGAGCCAGCAAAAUAUGUCAUUAACGUCAAGCAGAUCGCCAAGUUUGUGGUCGGUUUGGGAGAGAAGGUCUCGCCUACAGAUAUCGACGAGGGCAUUCGCGUAGGAGUGGACCGCACCAAAUAUCACAUUCAGAUCCCAUUGCCACCCAAGAUCGACGCCUCGGUGACGAUGAUGCAGGUCGAGGAGAAGCCCGAUGUCACCUAUAGCGAUGUGGGAGGAUGCAAAGAACAGAUUGAGAAGCUGAGAGAGGUCGUCGAAUUGCCACUGCUUCAGCCUGAGCGGUUCGUCAAUCUCGGUAUUGAUCCUCCCAAGGGAGUGUUGCUCUAUGGACCCCCCGGAACCGGAAAGACUCUCUGUGCUCGUGCCGCUGCCAACCGUACCGACGCCACCUUCAUUCGUGUCAUUGGAUCUGAGCUCGUGCAAAAGUACAUUGGAGAGGGUGCUCGUAUGGUUCGUGAGUUGUUCGAGAUGGCCAAGACCAAGAAGGCUUGUAUUAUCUUCUUUGACGAGGUCGACGCUAUUGGAGGAGCCCGUUUCGACGAUGGUGCAGGAGGAGACAACGAGGUCCAGCGUACCAUGUUGGAGCUGAUCAACCAGCUGGACGGAUUCGACUCUCGCGGUAACAUCAAGGUCCUGAUGGCGACCAACAGACCCGAUACUCUUGACCCAGCCUUGUUGCGUCCUGGACGUUUGGAUCGCAAGGUCGAGUUCUCGCUUCCCGAUCUUGAAGGUCGUGCCCAUAUCCUGAAGAUCCACGCGCGGUCGAUGAGUGUUGAGCGCGAUAUUCGUUAUGAGCUGAUUGCGCGUCUGUGCCCCAACAGCACGGGUGCCGAGUUGCGCUCUGUCUGCACAGAGGCCGGUAUGUUUGCGAUCCGCGCAAGGAGAAAGGUGGCGACGGAGAAGGACUUUUUGGAGGCCGUCAACAAGGUCAUCAAGUCGUAUGCCAAGUUCAGCAGUACACCCAAGUACAUGACCUACAACUAA